AUGAGAUUAUCCAUCUAUUUCAUUGCUAUACUGACUUCGGUCUCAUCCGGAGUCUUAGCCCAGGAUCCAGGUCCAUCUCCUACCGAGUCUAUUGGUUGCGAGCCACACGGAGACCAUUGGCAUUGUGAUGGUCCAGCCUCAACAGCUGUCUCGGUUACAUCAACAGCAGACGAGGUCGAAGUGAGCACCACUGCGCAUGUCACCCCCACGAUGCCUAGUCCUACCGAGUCUGUUGGCUGCGAGCCACACGGAGACCAUUGGCACUGUGACGGCCCAGCUUCAACAGCUGUCUCUGGUACAUCAACAGCAGACGAGGUCGAAGUGAGCACCACUGCGCAUGUCACCCCCACGAUGCCUAGUCCUACCGAGUCUGUUGGCUGCGAGCCACACGGAGACCAUUGGCACUGUGACGGCCCAGCCUCAACAGCUGUCUCUGGUACAUCAACUACAAGCAAGGCUGAAGUGAGCACCACUGCGGGUGUCACUCCCACAAUUCCCAGUCCUACCGAGUCUGUUGGCUGUGAGCCACAUGGAGACCAUUGGCACUGCGAUGGACCGGCUGAGACGGCUGGUGCUUCUGCAAGUGCCUCCGCGAGUGCCUCCGCUGGUGCCUCUACAAGUUCUGGGGAUGAUGAAGGCGGUGCUGGAGCAAUUGGGGUGCACGUUUUCCUGCUUGUUGGGUUGUCGCUUGUCGCUGCUAGUAUGAAUAUUUGA